UUUUCAGAGCCACCUAAUAAUUGAAAGAGAAUAUUGGUUUCAACAAAAAAAAAAAAAAAACACAACGUAGGCCGUCUUCGGACGUAACAUUUGGUGCCGUGACCAGGAUUGGCGGGCUUCAGCACUCCUGUGAUCCGUGAGUAAAGUGCGUACGUAUUUUUUCUCACGCGUUUCGUGUCGUCGCGCAAGUGCGUGCGUGUAACGAUUAAGCGAGUUUGUGUCCUCGCGCGUGUACGGGUGUGAUAUACCACGAGUUCGUGUCCUCGUGUGUAUAUGUGCGACUCUCCGUGAGUGUGCUUCAUCGUGCGUGUGUGUGUGACUUGUCACGAGUUCGUGUCCUCGUGCGAGUGCGUGCAUUCUUUUAUUCAGCGAGUUUGUGUCCUCGCUUGUGUGGCUAACCACGAGUUUUGUGUCCUCGUGUAUGUGAUUGUGUUACUCUCCGCGAGUUCGUGUCCUCGUGUGUAUAUGUGCGACUCUCCGUGAGUGUGCUUCAUCGUGCGUGUGUGUGUGACUUGUCACGAGUCCGUGUCCUCGUGCGAGUGCGUGCAUUCUUUUAUUCAGCGAGUUUGUGUCCUCGCUUGUGUGGCUAACCACGAGUUUUGUGUCCUCGUGUAUGUGAUUGUGUUACUCUCCGCGAGUUCGUGUCCUCGUGUGUGUGUGUGACUCUGCAGUUGUGUGUGAUUCGCCGUGAGUUCGUGUCCUCGCGUGCGUGUGACUUUGCGCGAGUGUGUUUUCGCGCGCGUGUGUGGUUGCCGCGAGUUCGUGCCCUCGCGUGCCUGUGACUUUGCGUGUGAGUGUAGUUUUUAGUCCAAAAUGACCAAGGCGGACAAGCUUAAGGCCAAGCAGGCCAAAAGGCGAUCGCUGAUUGAGUCUAUGCGACGCUCACUGCAGUUCGCAGUGGAUUACACCCCCGAGCUACAAGAUCAAGUGCCUGAUCGUCUUGCAAGAUUGGUGAAGUGUUGGGAAUGUUUCCAAUCGAUCCAUGAAGAGUGUGAAGAGCUAGAUGAAUCGGAAAACGCUACCAGAAGCAACGAUGAUAUCCUAGCGCAAACGGAAGAUCUAUUUUUCGAAACCAAGGCUGCGUUAUCAAAGCUAGUGAAAAAGGAGAAAGAAGAGCAACCACGCUCAAAGCUCGUAAGCGUGAAACUACCCACUAUAUCGUUGCCGGUUUUUAGUGGCGAGGUAACGCAAUGGUUGUUAUUUCAUGACACUUUUGUUUCUCUUGUGCACAACUGUGACGAUAUCGCACCUAUACAAAAGUUUCAUUACCUGCGCGCGUCAUUGAAAGGGGAAGCGGCAGGAAUAGUGCACCCAAUUCCCAUUUCUUCGGAAAAUUAUACUGUGGCAUGGAAAGCUUUGCUUGACCGAUAUGGUAACAAGCCGUAUCUACGUAAAAUGCACACGCGUGAAUUAUUUGGGUUGCCUUCCAUGAUCAAUAGUGGUGCGCAAGAGCUUCGACAAUUAGUGAGCAAAUUCCAGCUGCAUAUUGACAUUCUAAAACAGCUAGGAGAAACCGUUUCGGAUGAUAGUAGCAUUAUCAUGGAAAUUUUGGCCAGCAAGCUCGACAAGGCAUCGUUGAAGGCUUGGGAAGAACACUACGCUCAGGAGGAAGCUUUGUUAACCUAUCCUAGCAUGACAGCAUUUCUGCUUAAAAGAGCGCAAGCGAGUGAGUCUCUAGCGUUGCAGGUAGGAAAUCGUGUUAGCUCUUCCAACGCAAAGGUACCAAACCAGAAAACAUCUAAAAGGCUUAGUGUCAAUGCUGCAAGCAUGAAAGGGAACAAUGUGGUUCCUUGUGUUUUGUGCUCUAAAGACCAUUAUUUAUGGCAAUGCCAAGCAUUUCUGGAUCUUAAGCCUAAGGAUCGACAGAGUGCUGUUAAUGGCAAAGAACUUUGUGGCAAUUGCCUACAAAAGGGGCAUUUUGCAAAAUCAUGCCGAUCAAGAUAUACGUGCCAGCAAUGCAAAAAGAAGCAUCACACAUUGCUACAUUUCGUGGAAGAUGCUAAACAGCCCUGUGAAAAAGGUUCGUCUGAUUCGAGCAUUAUGGCAGCUGCGCAUGUAAAUAGUGUUGAUCGUGUAUCCAAAAACGUGUUGCUUUCAACUGUGUUGUUGGAAGUAAAUGAUGCAUAUGGACAAAGGCAUCUCGUGCGUGCGCUGUUGGACAAUGGUUCGCAACCUAACGCCAUUAGUGAGUCGCUGUGUCAACAAUUGCAUUUGCCGCGGAAAAAAGUGAACAUUUUGAUCGUUGGUGUCGACGGAAUAGAAUCCAGUGCCAAUCAUGAAGUUCGUGCAAAGGUACAGUCGCGCGUUACCAACUAUUCGGCGGAAAUGGACUUCUUAGUGUUGCGAAAAGUGGCGUGUGAUACUCCAUCCCACGAAGUCCCAGUGCAAAAGUGGAAUAUACCUGCAUCAUAUCCUCUCGCAGACCCGCAUUUCUGCACGCCCGGUCGUAUCGAUAUGAUUAUUGGAGCAGGGUAUUUCUACUCACUAUUGUGUGACGGUAGAUAUAGUCUACCAAACAAAGGCGUGCUGGUCGAAAGUGUUUUCGGCUGGAUUAUGACCGGUGACAUUCCUGCUAUAUCGAGUGAUGCGGUUCGGUGCAAUGUGGUAGCCGUCCGUCCUACGAUCGAAGAACAAUUGGAGCGAUUCUGGAAGAUCGAGGAACUCCAGGUGAGCGAAUACUCUUUUGAUGAAAAGGAGUGUGAAAGGCAUUUUCAACAAACCGUUUCGCGUGAUGGAAGCGGCCGUUAUAUUGUUCAAAUGCCCAAGCAGCCCAACUUCAAGGAAAUAAUAGUGAAAGAGUUACAGUCGGCUAAAACGAUCCUGUUCCAUAUGGUGCAAAGAGAAGUGUUUUCAGACGAUAUUCGCGCUAUCACAAAGGGAAAGUGUCUAUCUAACAAAGAGCUCAUCCAUUCGAUUGUUGAAUCCAUUCCUCGAUUCUUGUGGAUUAUUACGCGUGCCAAACAUGCCUUGCACGAACUAUACGUUCUUCUUCAGCGUGACAGUGAAAAAAUCAGUGACUAUAUGGCCAAAGACAGUAUCCAGUGGCAUAUGAUUCCACCUCGCGCUCCCAACUUCGGCGGCUUAUGGGAAGCUGCAGUAAAGGUGGCAAAAACUCACUUAUAUCAGCUUGUUCAGAGAUAUGCCCAGGGUUUCUGGCACCGUUGGCGCAACGAGUAUGUGAAGUCGUUAAACGGUCAUCGCAACGUCAAACGGAGCAUUCAGGAGCUGAAU